AUGGGCAGAGAGUACCACGUUGUCACUUUAAUCACAGUAGUGCUAUAUUUUAUUCUCAUUCUAUUGAACUGCAUAUGCAGCCAAAAUACCAUCCUUCUUGAGGAGAAAGAGAGUAUCGAAAAAGAGCUACGUGAACAAAUCAUUAUUGAAGCAGAGGAAUACAAGAAAGCCUACCAUGAGAAGCGGAAGUCGACUUCUGAAACAAAUAGGGCUCAGAACAGAGAAAAGGAAAAGCUUUUCUUAGCGAACCAGGAGAAAUUCCAUGCUAACGCUGAUAAGCAGUGGUGGAAAGCUAUAGCAGAGCUCAUUCCAAAUGAGGUUCCCAACCUCGAAAAGAGAGGGAAGAAAGAGCAGGAGAAGAAGCCCUCCAUUUUAGUCAUUAAAGGGCCAAAGCCUGGUAAGCCAACUGACCUAUCGAGGAUGCGACAUUUGCUACUGAAACUGAAGAACAAUACCCCUCCUCACAUGGAGAUUGCUCUGUCUGCAACUUCAGCUCCAGCUGAUGCUGCUGAAGCAAAGCUUAAAGCUCCCAAGGAAGUCGUAGUUGCAGGUUAAGAGGUACGGCUUGUUUUGAUUAAUAGUUUCUCAGAUGAUUUCUUUUGCUGUUAGUACUAUUUUAUUGGGUUCUGAUUUGGAUGAAGAUUUAAGUUUGUUCUGAGUUAUUUUUCUGCUAUUUAAGAGGACGAGUUUAUUAUAUUUACUUGAACGUAAAUAGUUAUAAUUUUUAUGAGCGUUCUGUUCACAUUCUUGCUCUAUUUGAGCAAAAGGAUAUCAUUGAUGCAAA